AUGAAGCCAGCCCUCGUCGAGACGUGGAUUCAGCAGUUGACUACAUCGCCGCCAUCGCCGCCAUCACCACCACCGAAGCGCAAGCGGUCGUAUGGGACCGCGACGAUAAACAUGGGAGUAUCGUCCCCUCCUCCGAGCAAUCCUGGCGACUCUGCCCUUGUAGACCCUGAUACUACACCCAGAGUAUCACACCAAGCAUCUAAACGGCGGCGAUUUGAUUUGAGCGCCCGUCCUAUUACUUUCGACAACCUGGACCGUGAUGAUGAUGCAAGCUCAGCAAGGUCGAAGUCCAGGCAGUCGGCAUCAACAGCCACGUCCGACAGUCGGUCUAGACUCUCUCGCAGCCCAACUAAGAACAUGGGUAGUCUCGAGCUCGCGGAUCGACCUGUUCGCCGAGUCCGUGCCGCACGCAAAGAAGACCUGCCUGAUGAUGUCGCCGAUUUGUUCUUCAGCAUCCGUGAUGCCAGAGAGGGAAGAGCCACCAUUCCCCGCGAGGCCUUGCCGACAGUUUUGGAAGCUCUAACUAUCUUGGACCCCUCUCCCGCCACUGAUGCGGCAUUUGAUCAGAUUCCCUGGUCGUACAUCCCUUCUCUAGAUGCUCACCUGGAGCUCAAGUGUGUUCAAAAGAUUGUUCGCAAUACGAUCGAGUGCGCAGCAGAGAAUGUGUCUGAGGCUUCGUGGAACUCGCGAGUGCACGAGUAUAUUCUUGACACGGCCCUAGAACCUUUCGACGGGAUCGUUUCCCACUGGGAUGUGACUCGUGCUCCAAUCACCAAAUCCUGCUUGCCGCGGCACUCUUCCGGUCUCGCCCUUGAGGGCAAAAUGGUCGAUUUUUGCAUCUGUCUUGGUGGCCGUGAAACUACUAGAGCUGUACAGAAGCGAUUGAAGUUGGCACCCGAGACCCCAUUUAUCAAUCAUACCAACUACCAGCCGCUCUUGUACCGACCCAUUGCCGUUAGUAUUGAGAGCAAAACCCCCAAUGGUUCGGACGAAGUAGCCAAGACGCAAUUAUCCGUCUGGGUAACUGGCCAUUUUGCCCGACUACGCUCGUUGUCUAGAACUUCCAAUGAUGCUAUUGCAGUCGGUGUGACGCUACCUCUCCUCAUCGUCCGGGGCGGCGAAUGGUCCCUCUGGUUCGCGAGGGACACUGGGGAUGGAAUUGACUUGAUUGAGACGAUCUCAGUUGGCAACACCAACUCAAUCCUGGGCUGUUACAAGGUGCUUGCCAUGCUUCGACAUCUUGCCGAGUGGGCAAAAUCAACACUGUACCCUUGGAUGGAGAAGCAUAUUUUGCUGGAUGGAAAUAGUACAGCUGGCCCUACCUGA